AUGGAUCUUUGUGUUUUUGGGGUUGAUGAUGGUUAUGCCGAAGCCAUAAUCAGAGGAUUGAGAGCAAGUUUCUUGACUGAAGCUCAAUACCAACAGAUGAAGAAUUGUGCCUCAAUUCCAGAAUUGAAGUCUUUCUUGGAAGAAACAGAUUAUUAAAAUUGCUUGUAAGCUGACAAUCCUCAAAUACCUACAUCCAUUCUGAGAUAGAGACUUAAAAAGAAAUUGGCUGAUGAAUUUGAGUACAUCGAAGCUCAAUCCACUGGCACACUUACAAAAUACUUAUUUCAUUUGAGAUGCCGUUUUAUGAUUGACAAUGUAGUCAACAUGAUAGAGGGAUUGAAGAAUAAAAUUGAUAUUGAAAUACUUUUGAGUAAUAUUGAUCCACUAGGCUGGUUCCCUGAAAUCAAAAAUAUCAAAGUCCUUGAAGGAGAUGAUUAUAGCAGUUUAUAUAGAGAUGUCCUUAUCGAUACACCUAUUGGUGUCUAUUUUAUGAAAUUCUUGGAAGAAUCCAUUGAGAAUUUACAUGAAAAUAGAACUUUGAAUGACAUCCAAAACUUAUUCAGAGAAAUGAAACCAGAGUACAUCAGAACAUCACUUAAGAAGAUGUGGUUGGAAGAUUUCUAUUUGUUUUGCGAAUAAGAAUUAAUGCCAACAUCUUAGGAAGCACUCUUGGAAUUAUUAAAAUUUGAGGCUGACUUUAAAACAGUCUAAGUUAUUUACAAUUCAAUUGGAAACAGAGAUCUUAAUACAGCAGCUAAAAUUAUCACAACAAGAAAACAAUUGUGUCCAACAAUUGGAAACUUAUAUCCUGAUUGUGAAAAGUUGUAUUUAUAAGCCAUGACUUUGGAUGCACUUAGAGAAGCUGUCAAAGGUUGUGACAAUUAUAGAGAUUUACUCAAAGAUGCCCCAGAUCCUUUAAAGAGAGAAGAAUUCAAUGUGUAAACAAAAACUCUUGAUGAUAUUAUGUAUGAUGAUGAAUGCAGAAGAUAUGCUCUUGCAUUUGACGGAUAAGGCUCAUAUGGAGUCUUCUAUUCUUAUUUGAAACUUAAAGAAUAAGAAAUUAGAAACAUUAUCUGGUUGGCAGAAAUGAUUUCAAGAAAGCUUGCUAAGAAUCAUCCAGGAUGGAAAAAAAUCAUUAUCCCUUUCAGUCACCUUGGAAAAUGAGCAUUUAAUGCAUAAUAUAUAUUAAUAUAUUUGUAUAGCAACUAA